AUGUCUGCAAUGGAAGGCGACCCUCCCCCCGAGCUCACCAUCACCCCGCCUCUGCUCAAUUCGGCGAACCCAUGGGCCACCACGCUCGAAGAUCUGCAGGCCAUCUUUGACAGCCCGCACACGGGCGCCAUCACGACGCGCACAACGCUCCUCGACGGCUUCGAGCACGACGACGCCGUUCACCAGUAUGCCUUCUUCUCGCCAACAACCUUGCUCGCCAGCUCCUCUGCGCGCCAGAGGGCCAAGGGCGAAUCGGCCCCGGCCAUCAACCCGCAAGAAGACGCCGCGACUGUCAACAAUCUGGGCUACUCGCCCUACCCACUCUCCAAGUACCUUGCCUUCCUCAAAAAGAUCCACAAGACGGUCGACAAGAAAUCACCACAGCACCUCAAGCCCAUCAUUGUCUCCGUGACGGGGACCCCGCAGGAGAUCCGGCGGUGCUAUGACCGCCUCGACACGUUCCAGGACGAAGUGCCCAACCUCACCAUCGCCAUGGAGAUCAACCUCUCGUGCCCCAACAUCGCCGACGCCCCGCCCCCGGCCUACACGGCCGCCGGCCUCAAGGCCUACCUCGACGUCCUGCCGGCGGCCCCGGAGCUCCCCGUCGGCAUCAAGACGCCGCCCUACACCUACGCCACCCAGUUUGCUGACCUUCUCGACGUCCUGCGCAAGAGCUGCAUCGUCGUCACCCGCUCCCUCCCUCAUGAAGACCCCCUGCCGCCUGGAGCUUUCAUCACCACCUGCAACACCCUCGGGCGCCUUCUGGGCCCGAGGACCAAGCACAUCAGCGUCAUUGGGCGUCGGCGGCGGUUGGCGAUGCCGAAGGCCUAA